GACACAAACUACAGCUGAUGAAACAACAGAGAGAGGAUCAACACAAAUUACAGUUGUAACCACACCAUCAACAAUGACAGAAUCAGUUACAUCACAAACAUCAACAACGGUAUCAUUAACUGCAGUGCCAACCACAGCUACAAAACAAAGUGCAGGAUCAACAACAAUUCACAGCACAACACCAACACAAAGUGGAUCAUUGACUACGUCAGCACAAACUACAUCAUCUGUGGCAACGGCAUUCACUACACAAACUGUAUCCACAACUGCAACUAUACAAUCUAUUCCACCCACAAUAGAAACAUCAAUAUCAACACAAACUACAACAUCCAUGGUUUCACCAUCACAAAGACCAACACAAAUCACAGUUGUAGCCACUCAAUCAACAACUCCAGGACAAGCUACAAUAUCUGCAACAGGGCAAUCAACACAAGAAAUCUCCAGUACUCAUGUUACUACACCAAAUAUUGCAGCGUCUCCACAAACUCCCAUGUCCACAACAACAGCAUCCACAGCAAUGUCAACUCCAUCCAUGACAACUACAACAGAGACAACUACAAUAGCAGUACUAUCAACACCAUCUGCAGAAACAGGAGUAACAACAACAAGCUCUGUAGUACCAACAACAAAUCAACAAAAUGAAGCAAUGUCUGUCACAACACCAUCACAAACAAUUUCAACACAAACUACAACAUCCAUGGUUUCACCAUCACAAAGACCAACACAAAUCACAGUUGGAACCACACAAUCAACAACUCCAGGACAAGCUACAACAUCUGCAACAAGGCAAUCAACACAAGAAAUCUCCAGUACUCAUGUUACUACACCAAAUAUUGCAGCGUCUCCACAAACUCCCAUGUCCACAACAACAGCAUCCACAGCAAUGUCAACUCCAUCCAUGACAACUACAACAGAGACAACUACAAUAUCAGUACAAUCAACACCAUCUACAGAAACAGGAGUAACAACAACAAACUCUGUAGUACCAACAACAGAUCAACAAAAUGAAGCAACAUCUGUCACAACACCAUCACAAUCCAUUUCAACACAAACUACAUCAUCUGUAACAACAGUACCACAAACUACAGCUGAUGAAACAACAGAGAGAGGAUCAACACAGAUUAUGGCUGUAACCACACCAUCAACAGUGACAGAAUCAGUUACAUCACAAACAUCAACAACGGUAUCAUUAACUGCAGUGCCAACCACAGCUACAAAACAAAGUGCAGGAUCAACAACAAUUCACAGCACAACACCAACACAAAGUGGAUCAUUGACUACGUCAGCACAAACUACAUCAUCUGUGGCAACGGCAUUCACUACACAAACUGUAUCCACAACUGCAACUAUACAAUCUAUUCCACCCACAAUAGAAACAUCAAUAUCAACACAAACUACAACAUCCAUGGUUUCACCAUCACAAAGACCAACACAAAUCACAGUUGUAGCCACUCAAUCAACAACUCCAGGACAAGCUACAAUAUCUGCAACAGGGCAAUCAACACAAGAAAUCUCCAGUACUCAUGUUACUACACCAAAUAUUGCAGCGUCUCCACAAACUCCCAUGUCCACAACAACAGCAUCCACAGCAAUGUCAACUCCAUCCAUGACAACUACAACAGAGACAACUACAAUAGCAGUACAAUCAACACCAUCUGCAGAAACAGGAGUAACAACAACAAACUCUGUAGUACCAACAACAGAUCAACAAAAUGAAGCAAUGUCUGUCACAACACCAUCACAAACAAUUUCAACACAAACUACAACAUCCAUGGUUUCACCAUCACAAAGACCAACACAAAUCACAGUUGUAACCACACAAUCAACAAUGAUAGAAUCAGUUACAUCACAAACAUCAACAACGGUAUCAUUAACUGCAGUGCCAACCACAGCUACAAAACAAAGUGCAGGAUCAACAACAAUUCACAGCACAACACCAACACAAAGUGGAUCAUUGACUACGUCAGCACAAACUACAUCAUCUGUGGCAACAACAUUCACUACACAAACUGUAUCUACACCUACGCCACCACAAUCUAAUCCACCCACAUUAGAAUCAUCAAUAUCACAUGCACCAUCCAUGGUUUCAUCACUACAAACACCAGGACAAAGUACAGUUGUAACUACACAAUCAGCCCCAAGUGCAGCAUCUCCAUCAGUAGAAUCUGCCACAUCAAAAACAUCAGCAGCAUUAAGAACACAACAACCCACAGCUUUAAAUGAAAAAGCUGGUUCAACGCCAAUUCACAGCACAAUACCAACACACAGUGACUCAGUGACGACACCAGUGCAAACCCUGCCACCUGUGGCAACAGGGUUCACAACACAAAGUAAAGGAUCUGUGGACGACAACACCAACACACUCUAUUCUGCCUGGAAUAACACAAAUUACAAUUCCAACAUCGUUAUCAGUAUCUCCAGAACAAAGUACAGCAUAUGAAACAACACAAUCAGUCAGUUCAUCACCACCUUCAUCAGAAUCAUUAACAACCCCCACAACUACAAAACAAACCGCUAGAUCAACAACAGUUUACAGCUCUACACCAAGAUACAGCAGAUCAGUAUCUGCAGAAACACAAGUG